AUGGCACAAGAAUACAGUUUAGUAAGAUUAUCCCAUAGUGAUACAUUGUUGAAGAAUGCCUCGUGUCACAUUACUAACCAAAAUGGUUUGAACAUAAACCUAGAACAAGAAAUAAACAAGCAAAAUACAGACAUAAUAGGAAGACAGAUUAUAGAUAAUCUGCUUCUAUUAGAAAAAAAUCUCCUUAAUGAAUUCACUGAAAGUGUAUUAAAUAUAGUUAAUCUUUGUUUGAACAAUAGUCAACUUAAUGAUUUGCCAAACUCUUUAAAUAUGUUAAGGAACCUGAUACAACUAAAUCUAGAAAACAAUGAAUUCACUUAUUUGCCAAAUGUAGUGUGUGAGUUAAGUAAUUUGAAGAGAUUAUAUGCAUCAAAAAAUCGAAUAAAACAAGUUCCAAAUAAAUUAGGAAAUUUAUUGAAUUUGGAAAUCUUAGAUCUGAGUGUGAAUCGAUUAACAGAUCUUCCAAAUUCAUGUGCAAAGUUAAAUCAUGUAGAAUAUUGUUACCUGGACAGUAAUAGAUUUAAAAGAAUUCCAAAUUGUAUAGCCAAGGGAAUGAAAAAUUUAAAAUUCUUUACCUUCUGCCAAAACUUGUGUUCAGAAUUGAAUGUAUAUCCCAAGAGCAUUGAGGUAAUACAGUUUCAUGCAAACAGAAAUGGUAACUGUCCAUCAUUUCCAAAAUGGAUACUGAGUUCCAAGUAUAAAAAACUUGAAGUUGUGUCACUGGACAAAACCAGAUUUCAAAAUUUUAACCUACCAAAAAAGUCAUUUAUAUCAUAUGUUAAAAAGUUAUCUAUAAAUCAGUGUUAUCUCAAUCACAGAGAGGUGGAAAAGAUAAUCACAGGAAUGAUGAAUCUUGAGAGUCUAAUAAUAGGAAAUGAAAACAAAAGUAUAACAAUUGAAAACAGAAAAAUUGAUUUCAAAAAUAAUUUCUGUACUAUCCCUAUUGCAACCAAAAAGAGACCAUCUAGCCUUGAAGAACUUCAUAUAUCCAAUACAGGCCUUGUAGUAGUGCCCAAAAUAAUCAACAAAUUCGUUAAUUUAUUUUAUAUAAAUAUAAGUUCCAACUGUCUCUCUCUCUUGCCAGAAGAGAUUUGUACCUUAAAAAAUUUGACCAAACUAAUAGCAGAUAAGAAUAAUUUAGAGGAACUACCUGAAAAUAUUGGAGAAUUGACAUCAUUAAAACAGUUGAAAUUAUGUCAUAAUCGUUUACAUAAAUUACCUAAUAGCAUGGAAUCAUUACAUAAGUUGGAGUACCUAGAUCUAUACAAUAAUAAUUUUGAAAUAAUACCAGAAUUGAUAUGGAGGUUAAAGAGUUUAGUAGGAUUGGAUAUUGAACAAAAUUACGUCUCAACCGAAUAUUUAUUGCUUACUAGGAAUAUGAGGGAAACUUUGAGAGCACAUUGGUCUCAUUUGUUUGAUUGUAAAUCUGCUUGUGGACCCAAAUUGAAGCCAUCGCCGAACCAUAAAUGCGGUUCUUCGAUAUUAUCGAGUAUCAGAAAAAGUUUUUCAUCAUUGUCAAGUACAUCCGAGAGUAAUUUAUCAAGAGAAGAACAGGAUUUAGAACUUUUACCACAAGGAACAUAUAACGAGUUGAUGAACGAACGUUGGGACACCUCAGAAGAUUCAGCUGAUGAAUUUGAUCCCAACGAAUAUAAAGAACCAAAGAGGUUUGGUUAUUCACCGUUUACGUUUUACAAGCCGUUUCAGCGAGUCUAUUGCCCCGGGGAUUACCACCCGAGUCGUGUUGUAACACGAGUUGUGGAGAUGUUGAGAAAAGGAACUCUAAUUUGGCAGUCUAAUUAUGAAGAAGGUCAGUUCGAAGAUCCCUGA